CUCGGUUUCUGUCCCAGCUCUCUGAUUACUGAUGCCAAAGACUUGCAUAUAAUGUGUGAGUGUGAGGCAUACAGACAUGCCAUGGAUACAGCUUAUACCACUACUGCUCUUCUUGACAUCCUCAUCCCUUACAUCCAGUUUAGUCACCCAUGAUUACUGUGUGCUUGGUGCUGGUCCAGGAGGACUACAGAUUGCAAGGUUCUUGGAAGAUUCUGGAAGAGACUAUGUUGUUCUGGAGCGCAAUCAGGUCCCUGGUAGCUUCUUCGUUCAGUACCCCAGGCACCGCAAGCUGAUCAGUAUUAACAAAAGAUUCACAGGGAGAAGAAACACUGAGUUUAACCUCAGACAUGACUGGAACUCGUUACUUAGUCCGAAUGGCCACUUACGAUUUGGCCACUACUCCAAAGAGUUCUUUCCCCAUGCUGAUGACAUGAUAAAAUACCUGAAGGAUUACAGUAUUGGUAUGAAUGUGCACUAUGGAGCCAAUAUCAGCCUUGUUAGAAUAGAACCCAGUGAUAAGGCAUGGAAUGGUCAUUACUUUUUUCUGACUGAUCAGUCUAGGAUGGAAUUUCGCUGCAAUGUUCUUUUAGUGGCUUCUGGCUUAUCUCUACCAAACCUGGUGGACUUUCCUGGUUCAGAGUAUGUGGAAGGAUAUGAGACGGUAUCUGUUGAACCUCAGAACUUUACAGGACAGAGUGUAUUGAUUCUGGGCCGAGGAAACUCUGCCUUUGAAACAGCUGAGAAUAUUCUGGGACACACUAACUUCAUACAUAUGCUGGGCCGUUCCAGGGUCCGCCUUUCCUGGGCCACCCAUUAUGUGGGAGAUCUUAGAGCUAUUAACAAUGGUCUUCUAGACACAUACCAGCUUAAAUCACUGGAUGGCCUGCUGGAGGGUGACCUGGAGGACCUGGCAUUAGUCCGGGAUGGGGACGGAAAGCUGUAUGUGACUCACAAGCACUACCUAAAGAAGAGCAUAGACAACACAAGAAAUCAAACUAACUCUCAUUCCCAUGGCAUGCCGCAGGAUUAUAUGGAUAAUUUUGCAGCCCGUGAUCCAUAUGAUCGAGUGAUUCGAUGUUUGGGGUGGAAAUUUGACUUCUCCAUCUUUGACAGUUCUGUCAAGCUAAAGGCAGCAUCUAGACAAAGGUCUAAAUAUCCUUUGUUAAAGGCCAACUAUGAAGCAAUGUAUACUAGAGGACUGUUUGUAGUUGGCACUGCCAGUCACAGCAUUGACUUCCGUAAAUCUGCUGGUGGAUUCAUCCAUGGCUUCCGUUAUACUGCUCGAUCAGUCCAUCGCCUCCUGGAGCAGCGUUACCACCACAUUCCUUGGAAAGCCUCUCAUCACCCAAUCUCCCAACUGCUCAAUGUCCUUCUGAAACGCAUGAAUGAAGCAUCAGGUCUCUACCAGAUGUUUGGAGUCUUGGCUGAUGUAAUUCUACUUGGAGAGGACUCAAACGACUUUGAAUACUUGGAGGAGGUGCCUGCAGGAAUUCUCCCCAUGUUAGAGGAGAGCACAGGAAGAAAGGUUAAGGACACAGGGCUGUUUGUUCUGAUGAUGGAAUAUGGAAAGAACUUUUCUGGCCCAGAUAAAGAUGUCUUCCACUAUAACCGUGCAAUUGGAGAGGCAGGUGAAGCCUGGCGCUCCAACUUCCUGCAUCCUGUGGUGUAUUACUACAACAAACUACCAUCAGAGCAAGAAAUGAAACUCCGCCCAGAGGACUGGCCUCUACCACGGCCUGUGCGGUUACACCAUGUUGUAGAGGAUUUCCUUACAGACUGGACCGGACCAAAUUCCCAUGUCCUGCCUCUCCGUCGCUUUCUGGAAAAUUGCCUUCUCACUGACCUCAGGGCAUUCUAUGCAGAAUCCUGCUUCCUCUUUACCUUAACACAGAAAAAAGUGCCAAUCUUCUGUCAGCAGGGGUAUCUCCAGAACCAGGGACUUGUGGGUACUGAGCAGCUAAGGCAGCAUGCAAAGGAUGCAGGACUUCUAGAGGAUUAUACAGGGAUCUAUCAAAGGACAUGGGGUGAAAAGCCAAAACACAUGGGUGAAAAGGAUGAACUUUGAAACUUAAACAGCCUUCCUUUAAGUUUUACUGUCCAGAGUGCCAUAUUAUUGUCACAGUGUCACAAUGACCAGAAGAAACUAUCAUUAGCAAUUUAUGACUUUUGAACUCUUGAGUUAACAUUGUCUUGUUUAGGCAUAUAUUUAUAAAAUGCAGAACACAUACUCCACUGCAAAAAAAUUUCCAGGUCCAACUCCCUCCAUGCAAAAAAAUCUGCGGAGUUGCAAUUUCUCAUGUGUCAUUCAUGGGCUCCCUAUACAGAGGAAGCAGACCCAGUACCAAAUCCCUCCCCAAUGGUUUUAAUAGCACCUUACGUGAAAACUGGUGCUCCUGUUUAGCUGAAAACUGCACUGGCCUGCUGUAUUUUUGUACAAGCACCAUGUUGCAACCCUUAUUCCUUUUUCAUUCUCCAGUGGCCCCAGGCCAGCUGAACUCUCUGAACUAUCUUGAAACGGCCUGGGGUACAAGUUAAGCAUAUAAUCAUUUGGGGGUGCCUAGCUUUUGCCUCCCCCCCAGUGAUUAUUACUGUACUUCUCCUGUAAUUGCAUUAAGAGUUUAUAUCCAACAAUACAAGAACAAUUAUACAGUGCUACAAAAAUAACAUCUUAGGGUGUUUAUAUUUUGGGUGUUGAAACCCUGUGUCCAUGUUUUUACUUUUUAUUAUAUUUUUAUGAAAAAUGUUCUGUAAAGUGUUUGUAUAUGUAUGUUAUUAUAAUUUCUUGUCACACCCUU